AUGGUUCGCUUUAACCGUUCUGCAGCGUUAUGCAAAGUGUCAAACCCACAAGCCGCAGGGAUGGCGUCUCUAUUUCCCGUCCACUGCGCGAUUCGUCAACCCUGUUGCCUCUUGCGGCACAAUUCGCGGAGUAAUGUCUCUGACGCGCCACGUCAUCACAGCAACUUUGUUCUUUCGCUGAGUCCACUCACCUCAAUCGGCCCGUCUCGUGUUCCGCAUCAAUACUCCCGCGUUUCCUCUCGCCGUGACUCUCGCGUUGUCUCUUCAAACGAAUCACCGCCGCGAAUUGCGUUUACAAACUCGCCUAAAAAACGAGACUCGUCGUUGCGCGUGCGCGCAGCAGCGGAGCGUGGCGCGCAGACAGCACGGCAGUCCGACUCUGCUGCUAGGGAGAGCGUCGAUGUGCUUAUAGCGGGCGCUGGCGUCGCGGGACUAGCCACGGCUCUUGCUUUACACCGCGUGGGCAUUGACGUGGCAGUGGUGGAGCGCGCGCCGGCUCUCGGCCAAUCAGGAACGGCGCUGAGCCUGUGGGGCAAUGCUUUGCGCGCUUUGGACGCGCUCGGGGUGGCAGCGCUGCUGCGAACAGACUACGUUCGACUGCAAGGCAUUGACAUUGCAGCAGCGGACGGCACGGCGCUGCGCUCCUUUGACUUUUCUGACUGCAAUGUGGGACCCGACCACGAGGUGAGGGGGGUCACCCGCGCGCACCUGCUCUCCUGCAUGGCCGCCCAACUGCCACCUGGCACCAUCCGAUUCGCCACCACAAUCACCCACAUGCCAGAACUCACCGCCACCGCCACUGCCUCCCCAGUAACCGUGACUCUAUCCAAUGGUGCCACUAUCGAAGCCAAGGCUCUCAUAGGGUGUGACGGGAAUUCAUCAGCUGUUGCUUCUUGGCUCGGCCUGCCGCCCACCAACUACGCCGGAUACCGGGCGGCACGAGGGGUGGCGGAACUAGAUCCAUCAGAAUCUGCAGAUUCUGCCGUUGCUGCUGGCGAUGGGGUGGGUAUGUAUCCUCUCACGCCCACGCGGGUCUACUGGUUCACCUGCUACAAUGCUCCGCCCUUCCCUUUGCCGCCCAGAGGAUCAGCAGCAGCCAAGGACGAGGCUCUCUCCUACGUGAAAGGCUGGCAGGGCGGCAUUGAGCGUCUUAUUCACGCCACGCCGGCCACCAGCAUUGUAGUCGGCACCAUUACAGACCGCUGGACGAUGCCGCCCCCUCUGGGCACAUGGGGACGAGGCGCUGUCACUCUGGCCGGCGAUGCCGCCCACCCCAUGACUCCGAACCUCGGCCAAGGCGCAUGCACAGCUUUGGAAGAUGCUGUGGUCUUGGCUCGGUGCAUAUGGGAGGCUUCCGUAGCAGAUGGGGAGGACCGGAAAGGAAGCGGUGGAGUGGAGGGAGGGGAGGACGGGGCGAGUGUGCGGAGGAGGAGGGUGGAGAGUGAGAAGGUGUGUGGAGCGUUGAGGGAGUAUGAGAGGUUGAGAGGGAGGAGGGUGGCACAGUUGACUGUUCGAUCGUUUGGCAUAGGGUGGUUGCUGCAGUUGCCCCAGGAGGCAGUGUGCUUUGCGAGGGAUAAAGUGGUGCUGCCGCAUCUCUUCUCGCCCUCGCAUUUCCUCGACCAUGCGCUCUUUGAUUGCGGCAAGCUUCCAGGCAGUGAUGCCUCAUGA